CCCGUAGAGGACUUGAGUCGUCAUCACGUGUGUAAUCUUCAGGUGAACGCGAGGUCAAUUUUCAGGGUAAUUCACUGAUUUGAAAACAGCUGAGUUUCUCGUUUUGUGAUGAGAAACUGACAACGAAGUGCACUUUUUCCGAAAGUUUAUUAGCGUCACCAUUGAGAAAUUACUCUGGUGACUAGAACGCAACUCAGUGAAUCUCAAAUUCAGCACAGUAACUUGUCUGAUUUUCUCACAGCCUGGUCUCCCCUCCUGUGGUGUAUGUGAUCUACAAGUAGAAGUUCCAAGCACAUAGUCUCCAUCCUGUUCAAUGAGACGGUGAUGCACAGUUAACCAUGGGAUGCUGCUUUGGACGAGAUGAAGACAAACGAACACAGGUUGAAUCUCCUGAUGAGAGGAGUCGUCUGCUUGUUGACCCUGGCAGGCACCCAUCUAGUAGGCCAAUCAACAGUGAAUAUGGAAGUCAGAGUCCAUCUUCCUUGACGAAAGGCGAUGAACAGUCUGAGUUGAACAGAAUUCUACACAAAGCAGCCAAUGAUGUGAUUGACGUGUCGGCCAUCGACUCCCAUACGAUGGAACAGCAUGAAUAUCUAGACAGGGCACGAACGUACAGCUCUCGAGUAGCGGUAGUCGUCACAGGAACGAAGAAACCGUCGUCCAGUUUAUUGGUCUUGCCACAGGGUGUGUCAGUGCCCUACACAGUGCUCGCUGAUGAGCCAGUAUCACUAGCAGAUAUCAACAUGAUCAACGUCGCUGCUGAAAACGCCUCCAAGGCAGUCAAAGGAGUGAAGGUCAAACACAGAGAGGAUCUGGUAGUGCAGUUCCCACAAACAUAAUGGUGCAUCGAUUGACAAAGUAACAAAGGUGUAUAUAAAAAAAUGACGUAUACAAUACAGAUUUCUUUUUGAAUACCUUACGUCAUAAUGUUGAGUGAGCCACUAUGUACAGUGUUGCCCCUAAACCAUGCCAAAUAUUACAAAGUCGAACAGAGGGGAUUCCUACUGGCAUUGAACAAUUUCAGUAGUGAACUAACGACUUAUUUUAGUCGGACAUCGGGCAUUUUAUCAUAUUUGUCUGAGAAUUUGUACUGUUAGUAAAUUUCUGGUAUCUCAUUUUAGCCUCUGCAGCAGGCAGCUGUAAGCUGUUGUUGGAUUCUGUUAGAUUGAGCAGGUUGGCUAAAAAAGAAAGCCCAAUGAGGGGUUCGAAUUAAAGACUUCCCCCUCCCCCUCCCCUUCAUGGCCAAUAUCAAGCUCAAGGAAAAAUAAAGUUCCAAGCAAAAAGUAUCAUGUAAUUUAAAUUUUCUUGUAACUAUUUCGUUCCCCCGCUGUUAUUUUCUUUAGCAUCAGGGAUUUAAGUCUUGUUAUAACAAAUUUCAGGUGACAUAUUGGCACCAUACAUGUUAGUAUUGUACACUAACCUUGUAUACAAAUUAACCUCAUCUCCUGGAAAAAAAGUCAGCCCCACUUAAUACAAUUGCAACCUGUAGCAUGUAAAUUUAUGCAGCAUCUCCUUAAAAUAAGCCCCUCACUAUUGUACUUAUUGCUCGCUUUGGUUCAAUGCCAGCCGAUUUGUUGCAAUACGUGUACAUUACUCCCAACUGACCUAGAAGAAGCUAUAUUUCUGUUGUCAAACAACAUGCUGUUUGAAAUAGCGGUGAUUUAAUAUUGCAUCUGAUGUGUGGUUUACAAGCUCUUGCUAUUUCAUCACAGAUGCGAGGACUUUUUCCUGAGUUGUUUCUUUCAGCUUGGCAAUAAUUUUAGUAAGCAUUUUUUUUUAUAAAUGAAUAUGUAAUUCCAAGCUAAUGAUAAGCAUUGGUAAAUAUGUGAUUAUUGAAUGUAUUAUGUUCACAACACCAGUUGUCUGUUAGCUUACAUAAAGGUUAUGACUACAGAAAUUCCAUCACAACUAUUUGCAAAGAAACAUUUGCAAGCACAGAUAUUAAGAAAAUGCCGAGAAAUACAUAGCUGAUUUGUUUAUGUUGACGGUAAGCUAAUAGACCGCUAAGCCCAACGUUAUAGAGCCACUAAGCAUAGGCUGAGAACCAAUGAAAAAUAAUACACUUUGUAUGACAUUUUGCCUGGUAACCUGUUUUGGCUGAGCAACUAUUUUCUCCGUUUAGAAAAUGUCGGCACUUUGAAGCUCCAUAACGUUGGCCUCUGUUGUUAAAUCAUUGGUAAAGUGUAUCUUUUUAUACUGGACUUGUCUUGUUAUGAUAAACUUAUUUACUUGUUUUAACAAGCAUUUGUAUGAUAAUUGAUACUUGUGUUCUACAGCAGUGGGCUGUGAAGUGUAGUUAUAAUGGGGCUUCACAACGCUGCAAGGACUGUAAGAUUGUCAGGUCUAUUUCAAGAAAUUAAGUCUAAAUUCAAAUUUAAGGGUGAAGCGUUUUGAUAUCAGUAAAAUGUUUGGCACAAAAAAGUUUGAUUUUUUUUUAAGAGUUUUCUCAGUUCUGCUAUAUGGGUACUAUUUUUUGGUUGUACAUGUGUAUAACGUUUUUUGUAGGCCAGUGAAAAUUGAUUUUUUUUUUAAAAUUAAAUUGUAGCAUGGAUUUUCCUUUUGUAUUACCCAGUUGCAUGUCUGUGAUACAUGUUUGUAUAUGAAAUGGCUACUUUUCAUAUAGUGUGCCAAAACUUUGUAAAAAAAAACUUGCCUAGAUCAAAUCAGAACAGAGGUCAACUUCAGACAUUUCCAUGCUUACACACAGGUUUCAUGUGCACACUCGAUGGGUUUUCAACAAAUAGCAUGCUAACAGUUUUUCAACUUAUUUAUAAACGUGCAUGAGACUUGCUCAUGUGAUACCACAUCAGGAAUAAUUUGGUUGGUGGAUUAGUGACAAAAAAUGAAAUGUUUCAUCUUUUUAAAAAUGGAACUGAUUAGUAAUUCGAUUACUGUUGUUUAUUUGGGUUUUUGUUACAACAUUUAUUUUCUGUUCUGGUAAGGUGGAUCCAUUUUUUUUCUAUGAGAAAAAAGGAAAGAAAACAAAUUGUGUAUUUUUGUUUGUCUUUUUUUGGUAAAUUUUUUGUGGGCAUGUUUCAAAGAAUCAAUUUUUUGUAUUAGUAAUGCAGUUUGAGGAGCUGAUUAUCCAUAUGUGGGAAAUAAAGGUUUUUAAGGAACUACU